AUGGCUUCCUCACCUCCAGAUCGGCGGCCUCUUGUCAUCUCCGGUCCCUCAGGCGCAGGCAAAGGAACUCUUACCCAAAAGCUCAUUGACACACACCCGAAUACAUUCGAGCUAACAGUCUCCCACACAACCCGGCAACCACGUCCGGGUGAAAAAGAUGGUAUAUCCUACCACUUUGUUUCCGUCCAGACAUACAACACUCUCAAAUCCAGCGGAGGUUUAAUAGAAGAUGCAAUGUACACCGAUGACUUCUACGGUACCAGUAAAGCAGCACUUGCAGCAAUACUCACCAAAGGGCUCAUCCCGAUCCUUGAUAUCGAGGUGACUGGCGUGAAGCAGGUGAAAGCGAACCCUGAGUUUGACGCCCGCUACGUUUUUAUUAAACCGCGGGAUCUUGAUGUGCUUGAGCAGCGGCUUAGGGGUCGAGGGACGGAGAGCGAGCCAAAGAUUCAGGCUAGACUGGAGCAAGCGAGGAGGGAGCUUGAGUUUGCUGAGACUGGGGGUGUCUUUGAUCGGGUUAUUGUUAAUGAUGAUCUAGAAAGGGCUUAUGCGGAGCUUGAGGGGUUUGUUUUCGAGUUGGAGUAG